AUGGGCUAUAAAGACAAGGCCCAUCAGGGGGAUGUUGGGUUUUAUGGGUUUAAAAAGAUGUCCAUCAAGGAAGUUGGUCCUUCAAAAGUGGGCCUUUUUGUCUCUAAAAGGCCUGAUUAUUUUAAGAAAAUAAUAGCCGAAACCCAGUACUUAAAUGUUUUGGUUCCUAAGCCUAACUCAACACAUAGGGCUGUUCUCUCUAUUUCUCAAGAAGUUGAGAUCGACGACAAGUUUGAAGGCAAUGACGAAGAAGAAAGCGGGGAAGUGGAGGAAGGUUUUUUUGAUGUGAACGACAUAGGAUUGUACUUAGAAGGCAAUGAUGUUUCUACCAAUUGUGGUGAUGGAGCAUCUGAUUGCUGCGAUGUGGGAAAGGAUACAAAAUUCAUUACGGAUGAGGCAAUCUAUGUUAUCGGCGAUUUGUUUGAUGCAAACAUUGAAAGGAGUAUUAAUCUUGUUGAUGAAGUUGACAAUAAAUGUGGAUUAAGUGGUGAUGAGGAUUUUCCUGUUAUAUUUGGUAAUCCCUCCAUCUGUUUAGGGAAGGAAAACCAUUUUCUGUCUACUGAUCUUGGGCCUACGAGGGAGGAUGGGUUAUCUCUUGAAAAGUGUUUGGCCUUCAGAUUUAGGGAAUGUCCAGUGUUAAUUCUAAAGGUUGAAUCGAAAUUGGUUUCCAGUGAGUUUCCCUUGUGUUUUAAUAUCGAAAAGGCCAUGACUAAUUUUGUUCCAGGGUAUUUAAAUUGUUUGGCCGAUAAGGAUAUUGUAUGCUAUGAGGGAGAUGAGAGUGAAAUGAGUCUAGGGUUGGGGGGUGGGCGGGGAAUUCCAAGG